UCUGGAACCUAAAUUUUAGUCUUCCUGAGUCCUUGGAUCCGUACUUCCGUCUUUACCUCUCUCCGUUGUCUGCAUCUGGAUUCGCCGUCUCCACCGGAACCGCGUUUGCUUCCGCCAAACCAUUAUCGCAUCCGCAUCGGUCAUCCGUCAUUCCAACAACACAUCUGGCAUGACCGGAGAUAUUUGUUUAGGCUACCUCGCUUUAAAAACCCUAUCUUCUUUCCUACCAUCUCCCAGUCUCUCCUCUCCCCUCCCCUCCCCACAACAAAAGGGUUCUGGGUUUACAAAACUUAAGGAGAAUCACUCCUCAGAAGCCACCGCAGAGGUUUAAUAUAACCAAAAAACAUAAUUGCCAUCGUGGCAGCAGCACGUAAUGGUUUCCUCACCAUCCCCGCCGUGGCAGCUGCCGCCGCCCCCAUCCCUGCAGAUUUUGAUGACCGCAUCAUCAUUGAUAUUUCUCGAACAAUGAGGAAUGGCAUGGCCACCUUUGGCUCUGUGACCGGUGCUCGGAAUUUAACAACUGAAAUCUGUGGUGGCCCUUAUAUGGAUGGUAUUCUCAAUAUCGGCACUCAUUAUGGCACCCAUGUUGAUUCCCCUUCACACAUUUUCCCGGAGCAGUUACUUCACCAGGUUACCGUCGAUUCCCUCAACCUCUCAACUCUUGUGGGUCCUGUUUUGGUCGUUCAGACUCCAAAUGGUGUAAAUAUAACUGGUCAUGUCAUUGACUCUUUGAAAAUUCCUAGAGGAGUAAAGCGUGUAAUUUUUAAGACACAAAACACUUACAGGAAGCUGAUGGAUCAACAAAAGUUUGAAGGAAAUUUUACAGGAUUUACGGUAGGUGGGGCACAGAGAUUGGUUCAUAAGACUGAUGUCACAUUUGUUGGAAUUGAUUACAUGUCUGUUGCUGUAGAAGAUCAAAUUGUCGGUGUUCACAAAAUCUUCUUAGGAGCAUCCAGGGGCAUUAUUCCAGUCGAAAACUUGAAACUUGACGAGGUUGAACCAGGAUGCUACACGGUCUACUGUUUACCGUUAAGGGUGCUGGCAGAGGCAGGACCAGCAAGGUGCAUUCUUGUGAAAUAAACAAUUCCUUUGGAGCCAAGAGUAGAUGUUAUCCCUCAAGGUCUUGUCAUGGAAUAUGGUCGCGAUCCAAUGGCUAUCUUCUAGAGGUCUUCUCAAGCAACCUACACUUGGCUGGUGGACUCUUAUAACUUGUUUGAUUUGCAACUAUGAUCGGCAAGCACAGGCCUCGGGCAUUAUCUUCGCGUCAGUCUGCGCACACUGAUAAUAUAGCUUGGGGAGGCAGGGCCCUUUUGUUUUUUUUGGUAAUUAACAUGUUUGUGUUUCCAAGGAAACUUCACCAUUGUUAGUUAACACUUAAUUAAUUCACGCAUACACCAGAGCUCCUCUUGCUCGCUUUUUCUUAUUCAUUUCUUUCUUUUAAUUCUGCUUUGUUGGUGCAAUAA